ACCGAGGUGGCUGACUUCUUCUUCUUUAUGAUUUGGUUGGCAGAGCUCAUCCGGGUAUAACGUGCGUAUACCGCCACCUGCUGGCCUGGUGUGUGAGGCCAUUCACGGCCUGCCUACACAACAUUUUUGAUUCGGUAAUACAAAUUGUGGAAAAGGAAAGUUUCAACUAUUAACACAUUCCACUAUUUAACCCUAUUUAAUCCCACUCCAGGCCAACGGUCUGGGAGGACUGAACACUACCACUAUUUAACCCUAUUUAAUCCUACUCCAGGCCAACGGUCUGGGAGGACUGAACACUACCACUAUUUAACCCUAUUUAAUCCUACUCCAGGCCAACGGUCUGGGAGGACUGAACACUACCACUAUUUAACCCUAUUUAAUCCCACUCCAGGCCAACGGUCUGGGAGGACUGAACACUACCACUAUUUAACCCUAUUUAAUCCUACUCCAGGCCAACGGUCUGGGAGGACUGAACACUACCACUAUUUAACCCUAUUUAAUCCCACUCCAGGCCAACGGUCUGGGAGGACUGAACACUACCAGUUCAGCUGGCGGGUGUUAAGGAGUGCGGUUAGGCCGGUCAUGUUUCGGAGGACGCACAACACCACCUUCACCUCUCCUGAGCACGUUGGGGAGUUGCAGCGAUGAGACAAGAUUGAAAUUGGAGAGAAAAAGGGGAACCUGAGCCCUAGGACCAUACGUCAGGACUACCGGGCAUGCUGACACCUUGCUGUCCCCAGUCCGCCCGGCCUUGCUGCUAUUCCAGUUUCAACUGUUUCUGCCUGCGGUUACGAAACUCCUACCUGUCCCAGACCUGCUGUUUUCAACUCUUAAUGAUCGGCUAUGAAAAGCCAACUGAGAUUUAUUCCUGAUUAUUAUUUGACCAUGCUUGUCAUUUAUGAACAUUUUGAAAAUCUUGGCUCUCUCUAAUUUUCUCCUUCUCUCUUUCUCUCGGAGGACCUGAGCCCUAGGACCAUACGUCGGGACUACCGGCCGUGGUGACUCCUUGCUGCCCCCAGUCCGCCUGGCCUUGCUGCUAUUCCAGUUUCAACUCUUCUGCCUGCGGUUAUGGAACCCCUACCUGUCCCAGACCUGCUGUUUUCAACUCUUAAUGAUCGGCUAUGAAAAGCCAACUGAGAUUUAUUCCUGAUUAUUAUUUGACCAUGCUUGUCAUUUAUGAACAUUUUGAAAAUCUUGGCUCUCUCUAAUUUUCUCCUUCUCUCUUUCUUUCUCUCGGAGGACCUGGGCCCUAGGACCAUGCGUCGGGACUGCCGCCCGUGGUGACUCCUUGCUGUCCCCAGUCCGCCUGGCCUUGCUGCUAUUCCAGUUUCAGCUGUUCUGCCUGCGGUUAUGGAACCGCCACCUGUCCCAGACCUGUUGUUUUUCAACUCUUAAUGAUCAGCUAUGAAAAGCCAACUGAAAAUUAUUCAUGAUUAUUAUUUGACCAUGCUUGUCACUUAUGAACAUUUUUGAACAUCUUGGCAUAGUUCUGUUAUAAUCUCCACCCGGCACAGCCAGAAGAGGACUGGCCACCCCUCAUAGCCUGGUUCCUCUCUAGGUUUCUUCCUAGGUUUUGGCCUUUCUAGGGAGUUUUUCCUAGCCACCGUGCUUCUACACCUGCAUUCUAGCUGUUUGGGGUUUUAGGCUGGGUUUCUGUACAGCACUUCGAGAUAUUAUCUGAUGUACGAAGGGCUAUAUAAAAUAAAAUUGAUUGAUUGAUUGAUUGACUACCAUAAAGACAGGCACAAUAAUAAAGACCACCAUAAAGACUGUCAUAAUGAAGACCACCAUAAAGACUGUCAUAAUAAAGACUACCAUAAAGACUGUCAUAAUAAAGACUACCAUAAAGACUGUUAUAAUAAAGACUACCAUAAAGACAGUCACAAUAAUGAAGACUACCAUGAAGACAGUCACCAUAAUAAAGAUUACCAUAAAGACAGUCACCAUAAUAAAGAUUACCAUAAAGACAGUCACAAUAAUAAAGACCACCAUAAAGACAGUCACCAUAAUAAAGAUUACCAUAAAGACAGUCACCAUAAUAAAGAUUACCAUAAAGACAGUCACCAUAAUAAAGACUACCAUAAAUACAGUCACAAUAAUAAAGAUUACCAUAAAUACAGUCACAAUAAUAAAGACCACCAUAAAGACAGUCACAAUAAUAAAGACCACCAUAAAGACAGUUAUAGUAAAGACUACCAUAAAGACAGUCACCAUAAUAAAGAUUACCAUAAAGACAGUCACCAUAAUAAUGAUUACCAUAAAUACAGUCACAAUAAUAAAGAUUACCAUAAAUACAGUCACAAUAAUAAAGACUACCAUAAAGACAGUCACAAUAAUAAAGACCACCAUAAAGACAGUUAUAGUAAAGACUACCAUAAAGACAGUCACAAUAAUAAAGACUACCAUAAAGACAGUCACCAUAAUAAAGAUUACCAUAAAUACAGUCACAAUAAUAAAGAUUACCAUAAAUACAGUCACAAUAAUAAAGACUACCAUAAAGACAGUCACAAUAAUAAAGACCACCAUAAAGACAGUUAUAGUAAAGACUACCAUAAAGACAGUCACAAUAAUAAAGACUACCAUAAAGACAGUCACCAUAAUAAAGAUUACCAUAAAUACAGUCACAAUAAUAAAGAUUACCAUAAAGACAGUCACAAUAAUAAAGGCCACCAUAAAGACAGUUAUAGUAAAGACUACCAUAAAGACAGUUAUAGUAAAGACUACCAUAAAGACAGUCACAAUAGUAAAGACUACCAUAAAGACAGUUGUAAUGAAGACUACCAUAAAGACAGUCACAAUAAAGGCUACCAUAAAGACAGGCACAAUAAUAAAGACCACCAUAAAGACAGUCACAAUAAUAAAGACCACCAUAAAGACAGUUAUAAUAAUAAAGACUACCAUGUAAAACACAUGGUGCAAAUAAGAAGAGCAUUGUGCCAAACAAAAGGUGAAUUAAGAAUAUUGUGGGGAAAUAAGAGAAUCAUCA